UUGAUAUAGAUUUGACGAUUUCUUCUAUCAUCUCCCAUUAGGUGUUAUUAAGAUCUGGUGCUGAUCAAAAUAUUAUUAAGAGUUGGUCAACUUGGUUCUACUUUCGAUGGAAAAUUUAUCUAUCCACUGCUUAUCCGACAUGGGAAUGGAGGAUCAAGUUUUGAUCAACCAAUAUUCUUAUAUGGACACCAUUGAUGAGUUAACUGUACAACAAAUUGCAGCUGCGCUUGGAGGAGAUUUCAAUAGACAAUCUUUCUCUUCGUCCUACCCGGCGUAUAUGGAAACUACUGGCGAAAGGUCUGCAAAGCAACUCAAGACUAGUGAUAGUUGGAACUAUACUACUGGUCAUACUCGUCAAAACAUAACAAGUACUCCUCCUGUUGAGUCUUCUUCUCCGUCCAACUUUCCUUCUUUCGGGAAAAAUACUCCUCAAGUGGCUCAGAUAUGUGAAAACGUAGGUGGUCCUGUAAACCCUAAAGAAGAGGUGGUUUCUCCCGGAAAGAAUAACAUGAUGCUUCCAUCUGAUGUUUCUGACAUGAACAUUAACUCUACAUCCAAAGGAAAGCAGCAAGGGCGAAAAAGGACUACUUCCGCUGCAAUGGAAGAUAACCAAGAGUCUUGUACUAAAGAUCAUGUGAUGGCGGAGAGGAGGCGAAGAGAGAAGCUUAGCCAGAAGUUCGUCGCUUUAUCUGCCGUUGUUCCAGGCCUAAAAAAGAUGGACAAGGCUUCAGUUCUUGGAGAUGCUGUAAAGUACAUGAAACAGCUUCAAGAGAAAGUGAAAACACUUGAGGAACUAACUACAAAGAAAACAGUGGAAUCAGUAAUCUUUCUGAAGAAAACUCAAAUUUAUGCCGAGUCUUCCUCUGACGAAAACCCCGUCGCUGGAUCUACCUGUGAUGAGCCACUACCUGAGAUCGAAGCAAGAGUUUCUCACAAGAAUGUUUUGAUAAGAAUUCACUGCGAAAAACGUAACGGAGUGUUCGUUAAAAUACUUUCACAGAUUGAGAAACUUCAUCUUUCUAUUAUCAGUUCAAGUGCCAUCCCGUUUGAUGAGUCAUCUCUUGCUAUAACCAUAACGGCACAGAUGAACGCUGAAUAUAUUAUGACAGUGAAGGAUCUUGUAAAGAGCCUACGGUCAGUAGUAAUCAAUAUAUGAAAACAAUGGAGACCUAAUGAAAGAUCGAAUCAGACUUCAGUUUAGUUCAUGUUCAUGCCCACGUUUCUCAUCAUUACCUUUUUUGGCUUUAUCUCUUGGUGGGUCGCAUGAUCUUCAAGAGACUAGCCUUCCUGCUAUACCUAGAUCCUCCUUACCAUUUUCUUAGCUCAUAUGUUAUGUACCAACCACCAUCCACCUUCAUAUAUAUGUUGUGGUGCUGCUAGAUAUAUUGCCUAUCAAGACUUAAUUUUUUCAUGAGGGUUCUUUUACUCUCUUUUUGCGUGGUUGUAUACAGUAAACCAUCACUACAAGAAAAUCUGUCUAUUGCUACACUAUAUAUUGCCACAUCUUCAAUAUACAUGUUGCAAAAAAAAAAAUUUAGUCA